CAAGGCAUGAGGAUGGCCAGCCCUAAAGCCGCUGGGCUGUCCUGGGAGAUCACUUGGCUUGCUUUUGCUCUCUAUGCUCACCUACAGACGAGAGCAGAGCAGUCCCAAGGUGCAUACUUCCUGCCUGAGUUUGCACUGUCUCCACAGGGGAGUUUUCUUGAGGACACCACAGGGGAGCAGUUCCUCACUUACCGCUAUGAUGACCAGAACUCCAGAACCACCCGCUCAGAUGAAGAUAAGGAUGAUUCCUGGGAUGCCUGGGGAGCCUGGAGUGAUUGCUCACGGACCUGUGGAGGGGGAGCCUCCUACUCUCUGAGGAGAUGCUUAAAUGGCAGGAACUGUGAAGGUCGGAAUAUUCGAUACAAAACCUGCAGUAGUAAUGACUGCCCUUCAGACGUUGGUGACUUUAGAGCACAGCAGUGUUCUGCUUACAAUGAUGUCAAAUACCAGGGACACCUGUACGAGUGGAUCCCUGUGUACAAUGAUCCUGCUGCACCUUGUGCCCUGAAAUGUCAGGCUCUGGGGAAGAACCUGGUUGUGGAGCUUGCCCCAAAAGUGCUGGAUGGCACUCGCUGCAACACUGAAUCCUUGGAUAUGUGCAUCAGUGGAAUUUGCCAGGCAGUGGGCUGUGAUCGACAACUCGGGAGCAAUGCCAAGGAAGACAACUGUGGAAUCUGUGCAGGAGAUGGCUCAACGUGCAGGCUUGUGAGGGGACAAGCUAAGGCACAUGUCUCACCAGAAAAAAGGGAAGAAACUGUGAUUGCUGUACCACAUGGGAGUCGCAGUGUGAGAAUCACCCUGAAAGGACCAGCACACCUUGUUAUAGAGUCAAAAACACUACAAGGAGAAAAGGGAGAGCACAGUUUCAAUGCUCCUGGAACAUUUGUCAUUGAAAAUACAACUGUUGAAUUUCAGAAGAGCACAGACAGGGAAAUCAUAAAGAUCCAGGGGCCUCUUGGAGCAGAUUUCAUUAUCAAGACCAGGUACUCUGGAUCAAAAGAGAGCGUGGUUCAGUUCUUCUUCUAUCAGCCCAUCAGUCACCAGUGGAGACAGACAGAGUUCUUCCCCUGCACAGUGACGUGUGGAGGAGGUUACCAGCUCAAUUCAGCUGAGUGCGUGGACAUUCGUCUGAAGCGCGUUGUUCCUGACCACUACUGCCAUUAUCAUCCAGAAAACAAGAAACCAAAGCCCAAGCUGAAGGAAUGCAACAUGGAUCCCUGCCCUUCCAGUGAUGGAUUUAAAGAAAUCAUGCCCUAUGAUCACUUCCAGCCACUUCCUCGGUGGGAACAUAACCCGUGGACUGCAUGUUCAGUUUCCUGUGGAGGUGGUAUUCAGAGGAGAAGUUUUGUGUGUGUAGAGGAGACCAUCCAUGGAGAGAUACUGCAAGUGGAGGAAUGGAAAUGCAUGUAUGCCCCAAAGCCCAAAGUCAUUCAGACCUGCAAUCUGUUUGAUUGUCCAAAAUGGGUGGCAAUGGAGUGGUCUCAAUGCACGGUGACCUGCGGCCGGGGGCUGCGCUACCGCGUCGUGCUGUGCAUCGACCACCGCGGGCAGCACGUCGGGGGCUGCAACCCGCAGCUCAAGCUGCACAUCAAGGAGGAGUGCAUCGUGCCAGUGCCCUGCUACAAGCCAAAAGAAAAAAGUCCUGUGGAAGCAAAAUUGCCAUGGUUUAAACAGGCCCAUGAAAUGGAAGAGACCAUCACAGUCUCAGAAGAGCCAACGUUUAUUCCUGAGCCCUGGUCCCCGUGCAGUGCCACGUGUGGCAGUGGCAUCCAGGUGCGAGAGGUGAAGUGCCGGAUCCUCCUCGCCUUCACUCAGACCGAGGUGGAGCUGCCCGAGGAGGAAUGUGAGGAUGAGAGGCCACCCACAGAACGGGUCUGUCACCAGGCCUCCUGUGACAGUGAUCCUGUCCCCUACACGCCAGAAUUUCCUCGUGCUGAAGAUGGCACUGGGAUGUAUGACUGGGAAUAUAUUGGGUUCACCCCAUGCUCAGCCACAUGUCUUGGAGGCACACAGGAAGCCAUUGCCAUGUGUCUGCACGUGGACACAAAACAAGGUGUCAAUGAAAGCCUGUGUGACAAUUCCAAGAGGCCACCCCCGAUGACUCGGACCUGCAACACGAAGCUCUGCCCCCCGAGGUGGCAGAGCGGCCCCUGGAGCCGCUGCUCGGCGAGCUGCGGGGUGGGGAUCCAGAGCCGCGCCGUGUCCUGCCAGCAGCCCGGGGCGUCCGCUCCUGCUGCCCACCAGUGCCACGAGCCAAAGCCUCCUUCUCUGCAAGCCUGCAACCAGAUUGAUUGUCCCCCUGCUUGGCACGCUGAGGAAUGGCAACAGUGUUCACGUACCUGUGGAGGAGGGAUUCAGACCCGCAGGGUGUCCUGUAAGCAGCUGCUGACAGAUGGAAGUUUCCUGAAACUCCCUGAUGACACCUGCCAGGAACCCAAAUUGCCAGCUAGUAAAGCCUGUGCAAAAGUUGAUUGUCCUCCUCAGCUGGUCUUUGGAGAAUGGUCCAAGUGCUCAGUAAGCUGUGGUGUUGGAAUCCAGAGAAGGAAACUUGCCUGCCAAAACCUCACAGCAAAGGGCCAAUAUGUCACAUUAAAUGGAUCGAUGUGCAGUUCUCUGUCUCCUUCACUGCUUGUAAGGUCUUGUCAGAUGAAUGCCUGCAACAAGAUCAAGCCCAAGCUUCCAGCGAAGUUUUCUGCCCAUGGACCUCAGAUUGUCAGCAUUCACCGGGUUUAUAUUCAGACACGGCCAGAGAAGCGCAUUAACUUUACCAUUGGAAGCCGAGCCUACCUACUCCCAAAAACAUCCGUGGUCAUUAAGUGCCCCGUGAGAAGGUUCCAGAAGUCCCUUAUCCGCUGGGAGAAGGAUGGGCAGCACUUAGAAAACUCCAAAAGGCUUGGCAUCACUAAGUCAGGCUCGCUGAAAAUCCACUGCCUGGAGGCUGCGGAUAUCGGUGUGUACCGGUGCAUCGCGGGCUCUGCGCACGAGACCUUUGUGCUCAAACUCAUCGGGACUGACAACAGGCUCAUCGAGCCCCCAGCCCCUCCAAAGCAGCCCAGCCAGCCCAGCCACCCAGAUCACAACGAAGCCAACAGCCUCGGGGCCAAAUGGCACAAGAUGAGCAAAAUGUGGCAAAUGUGGAGCAAGAAGAACGAGCUCUACCUGGGUGACAGGCAAGUCAAUGAUCAGCCGUUCCUGAGGAACCUUGGGAGCUUUGGGAGCAAUUCAGCAGAAGAGUUCAGCUCUCGAGAGUUCAGGAACAGGCGCCUGGAGGCUGCAGUUCUCCAGGGUGCCUACAGCAUGGACACGGCUCAGUUUGAGGAGCUCAUGAGGAACAUGAGCCAGCUCAUUGAAACUGGAGAAGUCAGUGAUGACCUGGCAUCCCAGCUCAUCUUCCAGUUGAUUGCUGAAUUAUCCAGAUAUCCACAACCAACUGCUGAAAAAUGGAAGGGGGCCCAGGAUGAGAAAGUUCCCUCGAAACUCCCAAGCAAAUUGCCAAACGAAUCCGAACGUUUCAGCACGAAAGCGGUCGAUAAGUUAAUGUUUGACCAGAAGGUUCCAGUUAUUAUGAGGCAAAAGGAAAUUCCUCAAGUUUCCUUCAACAAAACAGUAACUGUACGAAUUGGAAAUACAGUUUUUCUGACCAAGAAUACUCAUGCUGUCAAUCUACUGUGUGAAACAGCUGGUAUGAGUGAAGUGAAAUAUACUUGGACAAAAGAUGGCGAGACAUUAAAAGCCUCUGCAAAGGUGAUCCUGGACACCACCGGAAGAGUGCAGAUUCGGAAUCCUACUCAGAAGGAGCUUGGUACCUAUGGAUGCCUGGUUGUUAAUGACUCUGGUUUUGACAUGGAAACAUCACUGCUGUUGCGUGCAGAGGUGCCUGUCAUCUUGUCCUCUGUGUUAAAUAUGACAAAUCUGGAAGCCAGCAGCUUCUCAGCAGUUGUUGGAGGUACAAUCGUGGCAAGAAUUGGAGCAAAUAUUUUGAUUGAAUGUCCAGUGAAAGGUGUUCCCAAACCAAAUAUAACAUGGCUGAAGAAGAAGAAUGUUUUACAAAUCAAUUCUUCCUUGGUUUUGAAUGGCUCUUUAUUUCUGAGCAAUGUUUCCUACCGAGAUGCAGGAACCUACACCUGCAGAGCAACCAAUGCUCUUGGAAAAGCUGAGGCUGCAUCUGUUCUCCACAUAACUGAACAAAGACUUGCAGAGAAUAACACUCAGUUAUUGAAGGGAAGCAGAAGGAAGCGUGUCCUGAUGGCAUCUGGGAUUGGUACAAAUGUCACUGUGGCACCUGGUGAUCCACUAAGGAUAGGUUGCCCAGUGCUGCCCAGUCACAGGAAUACAGUCCAGUGGCUCUUUGGAGACAGCCCAGUUGAGGAAGUUCAGACCUUGGAAUACAGAACCCUGGUUGGGGGUCGUAUCCUAGAGGUGAACACCAACUCUGGUCAAUUUGCUGGACAAUUCCAAUGUCGGACUUCAGCUAGUGCAAAACUAAUGUCAGUUUGGGUAAAUGUCAAGAAGGAAGGUUACACCUGGGAAUAUGCUGAGUGGAGUCCCUGCUCUGCCACCUGUGGGCAUUCAGGAACCCGCUCCAGGAGCCUGCAGUGCAUGAACACAGAGAAACAGAAAGUAAAUGAGUCCCAAUGCAGAGAGCUGCAAAAGCCAGGCAUUGUUUACCAGCCCUGCAACAGAGAGCCCUGCCCUCCCAGGUGGGUAGCUGGGCCCUGGUCUGAGUGCUCUGCAUCCUGUGGCAGUGGAUUUCGGCACCGGCAGCUCUCCUGUCACCAGGCCAUGGCCAAUGGCAGUGUCCUGGCCCUGCUGCCAGGAGCCUGCACAGCCAGGGACCAGCCUGCAGCAAGGACACCCUGCCCAGGGCACCCCUGUCCCCUGGGGCCACCACAGACCACCACACAGUGCUCUGGCCGCUGUGCUGGCCGCCCCGCAGGUUCACAGCACCGUGGGUUCAAAUGUCAGCUCCAGAAUGGAUCCUCAGUGCCAAACUCUUCUUGUGAUGAAAGAAAGAGCCCUCCUGCCAGAAGGAACUGUUCUUCAGAGGGGUGUGAUGUGUACUGGAGGCCAGGCCCCUGGAGGCCCUGCAGUGUGGGCUGUGGGACUGGGUUCCAGUCCAGACCCGUGUCCUGCGUGCACAGGCAGAGCAACAAACCCGUGGCUGAGCACUUCUGCAGAGGGAGGAAGAGACCAGCGACCUGGCAACACUGCAGUGUCACAUCCUGUGGCAAAGGCGAAUGCAAGGAUACAACUCACUACUGUACAUUUGUAAAGCAACUAAAGUUAUGCUUGAUAGACACCUACAAACAAAGAUGUUGUCAAUCAUGCCAAGAAGUGUAA